UUCUGUAUGUCUAAUUGGAAUGACCUCUCAAGGGAGAGGCUUAUUCAAGAAUACAAGAAAUAUCCGUGUUUAUGGUCCAGCAGAGAUGAGGACAUCAAAAAUGUCGAGAAAAGAAGAGAAUGUUUAAAUUUAAUAACAACAGAAUUAAAUAAAUACGAAGAAAGGCCGUUCUCGCAAGAUGAAAUCCGUACCCAAUUCAAAAACCUUCGCGACAUGUAUCGACGGAAAAGGAAAAGGCUCCAGUCUCAGCAAGAAAUUAAUCCUGGAGUUGUUUUGGACGAACCCGGAUGGAUUUACUUUAAUAGGCUAAAGUUUCUGGAUGAUGCGACAACGACGAGUAAUGCUGAUUUUGGACUGUACGUUCCUUUUUUUAACAAGGGGACAAGCCCAAACGAAUCUCCUUCCCCCGCUCCAUCUUUACCUCCUCCCAAAAAGAAAGGAAAAAUUGUUGACGACUCGUCUUUACCUACACCUUUAGAAACUGAUCCACAACCACCAGAAAAUAGUAAAUCUAUUCUUGUUCCCGUAAAAAUUGAAAGAGCAACCACAACAGAUAAAGAACAAUUAAUUCUUUCUUAUUCAAAAGACGAGCAACAAAUUAAAUUAAAUUCUCAACAUAAUGUUGAGGAAUGCAAUAACUCCAAGACUUCAUCAUCUUCUUUACUAGAAUCCUUACAAAAACACCAACAACAACAACAACAACCAGAGAACACUAAUAAUAGUGAUGCGCUGAAUAAAGUCUACUCGACAGUUCAACAAACUCCUCUGGAUAAUCUCGCAGACGCCGCCAUAGCUUCCUUCAAUCACACUUCAACUUCAAAAAACAACAAUGAAUUACUAAUUGAACAACAACCAAGGCAUAUUUCUUAUAUUCCUUGUGAAGACAGCAACACCAACAACGACGAAUUUACUUGCUUUGGCCGAUUCAUCGCCGUUACUUUAAGAAAGAUAGCUGCACAUUCAGCUUUGGAUGCUUUAGAAGCUCGAAAAGCGAUUGGGGAUGUUCUCUAUGGAGCAGAAUUGCGUUCUUUACAAAAACAAUGA